AUGGACCAUGAGGCGCCCUCCUACCUCGACCAGCGACCAACCGCCGAUGCUCUCCAGAAGCUCGAGAAGGGUGAAUAUGUCGAACUAUGGUAUUUCACCCUCGAGGACUGCGCUUCUGCUGGCAACGAACGCCUCACGGAAGACGAGGUCUGCGGCAGCGCCUGGGUGAACAACACCCUCGCACUUUGGCCGGCUCGCAGCACACCACGCAUUUCGCUCUCCGACGAUAAAUUGACCCGGUUCCAGUACUGUACCGACAACGGCGAUUUUCAACUCGCCAUUGAUGUCGCGGACUGGCUUGCGACCCAUGUCGCCAUGCUCAUAGCAUCCGCCGGCAUCCACCGGCAUCGGCACCCGCAGCUCGCGUGCGACGAGGACAACAUCAGCAACAUCAAGGACGACGUCUUAGACGAAACCUUGAGGGGAAUUCUGAGCAACGCCCAAGAAGAGCGCAUCAAGUCGGCUACGGCCGAUACUAUACACUCAGCGUCCCCUUUUGUACAUGCCAUCCACUUCGAGAGCUCCGCAUUUGCUUGGACGCAUAGCGAGCCGCACGACAUUCGCCUUGACAUCUUCGUAAUACCGACCAAGCCGUGGAAGACACGGUACCGCUGCAAGAACUGCGGCGUCUGUGUUGCCAGUCGGAACUCGCAGACAGGAAAUUGCAGCGUAUGGGGCGCCACAUUGGAACGCGAUGAAGAUGACAAGGUCAAGGCAUGGGAUGUGGUGAAGCCGACAGCGCAUAUAUUCUAUGGUACACGAAUGGUUGAAGUGAAUGACGAUCUGGGGAAGUGGGAGGGCUUUGAAGGAAAGUCGGAUAUGGUGGCUUGA